GAAACAGGAAAACCGCUAUGAGAACACAUUCCAGACAGAGCCGACCCUUUGCAGCGGGACAAUAAGGGGUGGGACAAAGCUGUAUACUAUUUAAACAUCUGUAAUCUUGCCUUUAGAUCAGGGUUAAACACAACAGCAAAAAAAAACGUUCAUACUUAAUAGGAGAAGACUUGCAGAAAGUAUUCACUUCCAGGCUCUCCGAGCGGAAGGAGUCUGCUCUGGUUCCUAACCGACGACGAUGUUGUUAUCAGCGCAGAUUUGGGCCGAUAUAAGAUAGCUGUUUGUCGUCAGGACACAGCUGCCAGCUUUUUUUUGCUUUUUAAUUUUUCACUUCUUCCACAUGUAAAUGUAACUUUGUUGUUGUUAAACGAGCGGGCAGUUUGGAUUUUGGGAGCAAAGAGGAAAAACUGCGGGCGAACUUUUACCAGAAACGGCGGUUGGUCGUCACCGGACAAGAAAGGAUGUAAACAUCUGCAGUUGGGACGAAAAGUUAAACGAUUUAGUUUCAAAUGGAGCCACUUUUAUUUUAAUUUCAACUUCUGACUUGAAAUACUUUGAAGGGACACUUCAAGCUAACUUUGAUAUGGGUGACGUGCGGCGUUUACGUCUGUCACGUUAAAAGGAGAGUAGAAAACAGAGAUGGGAAGCUCUGCUCUGCUCACAGUGGUGCUAGUUGGGGCGGGUCUGUGGAUCUCUGCUAUCCAUGCAGACUCCGAAGGCGAUGGGAAGCUGCUGUGUACCUGCGAGAAUGAAAAAGGCACAUGCGUGAAUGGAACUUGCAGAAACCACAUCUGCUUCUACACCUGGGUGCACGGCAAGGAGGAGAGGGGCUGUUUCUCCAUCACUAACGAAAGGGAGCAGUGCACCACCUCCUUCACGGGCUUAUUUGUCUACUGCUGCAGAGAGAAUCUGUGCAACGCCUUCACCACACCACCUCCAAAUAUUAAUGGAGAGCCGACAACAACGCCUCCAGUGUUCAAUCGUCCAGAGCUGUGGAUCUCGUUGUCUUUGCUGCUAUUAAUCACGAUUGCCAGCGCGUGCUGCCUGAUGCUGUUCCUGCGCUUCAGAAGUCCACACGGCAGACUGAAGAACUUUGAAGACCAAGAUGUCACCAUGCUCAAGGUCCCUAAUGGAGAUGACCCCACAUACGGCGAUAUCUUUGAUGAGUUUUGUACAUCAGGCAGCGGGACAGGGCUGCCCUAUCUGGUCCAAAGGACUAUGGCUAGACAGAUCUCACUUGUCCAGUGUGUCGGUAAAGGCAGGUACGGGGAGGUGUGGAGGGGAACUUGGAUGGGGGAGAGCGUGGCUGUCAAGAUCUUUUCCUCUAGGGACGAGCAGUCCUGGUUUAGAGAGACAGAGAUCUACAAUACUGUACAGCUGCGACACGACAACAUACUGGGUUUCAUAGCCUCUGACAUGACAUCCAAGAAUUCCAGCACCCAGCUGUGGCUCGUCACCCACUUUCAUGAGCUGGGUUCACUCUACGACUUCCUCCAGUACAGCAGCUUGGAGCCUGAGAGCUGCCUGAGGAUGUGCCUGUCUGUGGCCUGUGGUCUGGUCCACCUUCACACUGAGAUUGUCAGUUCCCAGGAGAAGCCAGCUAUCGCCCACCGAGACCUGAAAAGCCGAAACAUCCUGGUAAAGCGGAACGGGCAAUGCUGCAUCGCUGACCUUGGUUUGGCUGUGAUACACUCUCAGUCCCACGACUACCUCGAUGUGGGCAACAACCCUCGCGUGGGGACCAAGCGAUACAUGGCCCCUGAAGUGCUUGAUGAGACUAUUCGUAUGGACGUCUUUGAGUCCUACAAGCAAACUGACAUCUGGGCCCUGGGCCUGGUCUUCUGGGAAAUUACCCGCAGGACAAUUGUCAAUGGGAUCGUAGAAGAGUACCGCCCUCCCUUCUUUGACCUGGUGCCCGUAGAUCCCAGCUUUGAGGAGAUGAAGAAGGUGGUGUGUGUGGACCUGCAGAGGCCCAGUCUGCACAACAGGCUCCAUUCCCAUCCUAUCCUGUUUGCCAUUGUGAAGAUCAUGAAGGAGUGUUGGUACCAGAGCCCAACAGCCCGCCUCACUGCCCUGCGGGUGAGGAAGACGCUCUCCAAACUGGACCAUGACAGUGACUUCAGCAUUGGGAAACUCAAGCAGGACAUCUAGACGGGAGCAUCGAGAUGAAACAGGGACAAACAAUUGAAAAACUCCAGAAGGGAUUAUGCUCCACAUUCCAGCUGCACAAGGUGCAUAUCAUUAGCAUAAUUUCAAGCUAAUGACUCACACAGUCACUGCAUUAUAUUAAAACCAUAUUACUUUGAGCACCAAUGUCUAGACUGGCUCCUGGGGCUUUUUUUUUUUUUUCUUCCGUAGCCUAAUUUUCAUCUGCCAUAUUUCUGGUGCCUCAAACCAAAAGGCCCCAAAUAGAAAACUAUUGGGACAUUUUAUCAAAGUAUAAUUAUUUUUAUUAUAUUCAGCUAAUAAAAUACAUUUCCAAAUCUGAAUAAUUAACACAGAACAGUUCAAUAUUUAUAAUUGUCUAAGUCCCCCAUUGGCAUGGCAGAAAGGGAAAUCUGGCAUUGCACAAUUACUCAUCAUCUUAUCGAGAAGAGGAGGAGCAUGUCAUUCUGGACUUUCUUUGAAAUACAGUAAAAUUGCACAAAUGAGUUUUCCCUAAAAUGACCAAAGCAACAAAAACUAUAGAUGCCUUGUUUUGUUUUUUUAAUUUUAAUGCAAGAAACUAAUGUAAAACAUGCUCUUAUCAAAGCACGUUACCUGUUGUGUAAAGCAUAUUUAACUUAUAUAAAAUGACCACUUAUUAUCCGCACACAAGCACAUUGAGCUGUUUAGUUGUACAUAUUCUAACAGCAUGAAGCUGGUGUCUUGUAUCACCAUUGGGUUUAUUGUAAAUAUAUUUUUAAAAGGAGUAUUAUUUUCUAUUAUUCCACAAUGAGACACAUUUUAUAUACCUUUUAUUACGACACAUUUUCAAAGUAUUUUUUUACAUUUCUGUCGGCCAAUAAUGUACCAUCACCGUUACCAUGGUCAGUAAAGGAAUUCAAAAACAGACAUGUAAUAUUGUAUAUGUUAAAUAAAGGAUUGUAUUUUUCAACAGUU